AUGAACAACUCAAAUUCUCCGCGAAUCCAACUGAAAAUGGUCAAAGACGACGAUCUAAACUGUCAGCAAGAGCUGAUUGAUCCCAUCUCGUCAAUGGUUGUCAUCAGAGAAUUGCCAAUUUCCGCCAAGCACGAUCGAAUUGUUUUCCCGCCGGUCAACCACGAGAAUCUCCAGGUCUCUUCUUCCAUCUAUGGAUUCGAUAGGUACCUCGAUUCUCCGUCGGAAUCCGAAUCCCCGUCAUCUUCUUCUAGGCGUUCUGCUUCAUCUUCUUCUUUUUCGUUAUUCCCGUCUGAUUCAGACGGACAACCGCCACAGGCUGCGUGUGAAAAUGACCGGGAGUCUCCGUCGGAAGCUGAAGAAAAAACUCCGCCUUCACUAGGAGGCGAAUCUCCACCGUCCGAUUCAGAUGGACAGUCGCCAUUGACAGCAUGCCAAUUUUACCGGAAAUCUCCGCUAUCGCCUUCUGAAGGAGGCAGUAAAUCUCGACCGUCCGAUUCAGACGGAAAAUCGCCGAGGAAAUCAUCGUAUCGUGAAGUUGAUAUCUUCCACGAUUGGUGGCAGCUUCUUCUCGUACGUGUAUACUCGAAAUUGAAGAAUUUGGUGACCUGGUUCUCAAUCACUCUUCCAUCACUCUCUCCAGUCCUUGCCAUUGCGAUUUGGUGGUGGAUACGAGCUCGUCGAAGACGUGUCAACGGGGAAACUACGGACCGUCUUAGAGAUGCGAUCAAAGAGAGAGACGAGAGAAUACUUCAGCUCUUGCAUCAGGUUGCUCAAAUGAAUGAGUUACUGGUAAAGCACCACAAGGACAUCGUAUCAAGAAGAUGA